AUGGCAGGGAUACAUAGUUUAAGAGACCUUCCUCCAGAAAGACGACAAAGGCUAGUUAACGACCCAGCAAGGACUGGGCAAUAUCCUUUGCUUGGAUAUGGCUUUCAAAUGGGCACAGCUGAGCAAGCUCGUAAAGAAACAUUUUGUCAAAUGCUGAAAUAUAUUUUUUGCCCUUUCUUUACAACACGUUCUUUUAUUUUUGUAAUCACAGUUAUUGAUAUUGUCAUAUAUUUUGUCACAGUUUUCUAUGAUUAUGACUCAAGCAACUUUCUGGAACCCACAAAUCACUCAUUAGACGAAUUCGGGGCGAAAGAUCCUGAAAAAAUGCAGCAGGACUACGAAAUGUGAAGAUGGUUGACCCCGAUGGUUUUGCAUGCAAAUUUGACCCAUAUAACGUUUAAUAUGAUAAUGCAGGUUAUCCUUGGGUUUAGACUAGAGCCUACUGUAGGGACUAAAAGGACGAUUAUUGUGUAUGUGGUCUCAGGGAUGGGAGGAAUCCUGUUUAGCUGCUUGGUUAGUCCUACAACGAUGGCAGUAGGAGCAUCUACCUCGAUCUUUGGGAUUACGUCAGCUAUGUUAGCAUGGAUUAUUAUGAAUUGGACUAGCCUAGAAGGGGAUGUUUAUAGAACAAUUACCUUGAUUUGGCUAAUUAUGAUACUGAUUUUUAACUUGAUCAUGGGGUUUGUAAGGAUUAUAUAGGCUUCGCCACUAGUUGAUAACUGGGGACACUUUGGAGGACUGAUUGUAGGAUUUGGGAUGGGAUAUGCGGUAUUUGAGUAUAUUGCUCCACCAAAUCGUAAAGAAAAAAAUAUGAAAAUUGGUAUGGCAGGUGCUGUAGGGUUUUAUUUCGUGCUUGGAUUUAUCUUGUUUUAUACAGUUGUGAAGACUUAA